UCUAUGACAUCCAAACGAAUCGUAAUCAGAAAUCGUGAAAAAUUUAGAGUCGUGUCGCUUUAGAAUUUUUUCACUUAAUUGAUCUCUAUUACGUAGAAUAUGAAAUUAAAUCGAUUGUGCUAUCAGAUGUAAAGUUCAAGAUGCAAAAGUCAAAUUACACGUGAAAAAUACUGUGCGUAAGAAGAAGCAAAGAGAACGAUUCAGGGAUAUACUUAAUUCGACAUUCAACUACGUCGUAUCCUUCACCUCGGUCGUAAAUUCUGUCGUAAAUGUUACUUACAACAACGAUGACACCACUAGUAGAAUGGCAAACUCGGUGAAAGAUAGCUCUAUCUCAUCGAAAGAUGAUUCUACUUCCUUGCCGGUCGAUAUUUCCAUCGACCUGCGUCAACGUUGGCUCGACAGACCGGCAUUUGUUCAAACGGCAGACAAGAACAUUCGACGAAUAAUCGGGGACAUCGAGGUUGAACGAGCGAGUCGUGAAAAAUCCGACUCGGCUCGCCAGUACCCGGUCAAAGGUGAAGUGAAACGACUACGAGAGCGGCUGUGUUUCGAACGAAUCGCCGAUUUCUCGAGGAAAAGGUCGACACUCGAGCCGAAAGAUAAUAGAAAAGAGUGGCGCGAACGCCAUUAGACGCGGCGAAGUUCCUCGGUCGGCCGUUGUUAAACCGGCCGGCGUGGUGGCGCAACUAUCCACGUGGUGCGCGGCAGCAGCAGGCGUUUCGCGAUCAUUCUAUCUAGCAGUUUAUUUGUAAACACUAGACCGGGACGACACACCGUGAGAAAGAUGGACGCGUACGACAACGACGUACAUCGGCGGAACUGGGAGGAUCUGGACGUGACGAGAGAGGAGCUGAACAACCUGACCGAGUGCCUGAAGAAGGAGGAGUUCCGUAAAAUGCUGAUCGAGUACAUGGAGGAGGUGACCGACCCGAAGAACGUGCAAGUCUAUCAGAACGAGAUCACCCAGCUCGAGAAGAAACGGGGCGUCGACGUGACGUUCAUCUCGCCGCGGCCGAGUUACGUCAUAAAAACCAGCGUGAACGGCGAUCGAAAAUGCUUCAUAAACGUUUGCACCAGUGAGCACGUAGAGCCGUCGUUCGAGCAAGGUGAUCGCGGACAGUGGUCGAUCCCGCACAUGUUGACACCGCCUCGCGAUGACCUUGACAAAAAGAAUGUGCGUUGCAAAGUCUUCGACGUGAUAUUUCACCCUGACACGAUUUUUCUAUUUUUGAAGCACGCCAAGCUUCGCAAGAUAAUCAACGACACGGCGAUGGACGGCGUGGAGAACAACUUCAACGUCAAACUAGAUAGAAAGAACAUCAAGUUCCCGCACAUAAGGUACAAGGGAGUCUGUCAUCCCACUGUGAUCAGAAAACCAUCCAAGGACCCGCCUGAGAAGGAGCUGGACAUAGAGCCGGAGAUCUAUCAGAAGCUGAUGGCCAGCUACGACGAGAGCAGGCAGCAACAAUUCAAACGUGCGGAGAAGGUGCCGGCAAAGUGUUCGCCACCUACCAAGUAUUACAACAAGAAAACAAAGACCCUCCUGGACAAAGAUCAGGCAGACGUUACCAAGUUUGCCACGCCAAAAUUCACCAUAAAGUAUCGAACCAACGUGGAGCUGGAGGACUUUGGCAGCAAUAGAUAUGCGAAAAUGAACGCCACGGUACCCAAGGCACUGAUCGUCACCGUGGACCUGCCAUUGCUGAAAACUGCCACCGACGCUUCCUUAGACGUGCAAGAACGUCUGCUCUGCGUGAAGAGCACGAAGCCUGCAAAGUAUCUGCUGAAGCUUCCUCUGCCUUAUCGCGUGGACGCAGACAGGGGUAACGCCAAGUUUGACCAGAAGCACAAGAAGCUCGUUGUCACACUGCCAGUUGUCGAGCCAACGAUACCGAUCUACUCGACCAGCAACACCAAGGAGGACGAUGAAGCUCAUGUAAGCAGUGAUAGUAAUUCGGCGGAAGACUCGAGCAGCCAGAGUCAAGUGAUGGUUGAUAGUAGCUCCACGUCCAAGUUGAUGGAGGAGUGUGAAACAGUGUUCGCAGCCACGAAAAUUGGACAGGAGAGUGAAAACGUGGAGGACUCGAGUGAGAGUACGCUAAGGACUACUAGCGCGGGAAACGCAUGCACGUUUCUAGAUCCUAGUGUUAAGUAUUCACUGCCAACGUUCACCUGUAAUAUAUAUAAGAAACAAUUGACCAUCACCGUGAACGUCAAGAACGUCGACCCGAAUUCCAUACGCUAUAGAAUUUUGCAGAACAACGUAGGGAUGCACGCUUCGCUGACAUCCGUAGGCGCGGGAUUCUUCCCACAGCACUACUCGCUGUGUUUCAAGAUUACCGAGAACUCCUUCGUCCCCGAAACGUUCACGGUCGAUCCGUGGGACAACAACGUUGUGUUCAGCAUCACGUUGAAAACUAUGAACGACGUGACGCGAUACUACGUCGGUCUGGACGAAGAGUUCAUGGAAGAGAAACACUUCCCUAAUAACGCAGCUUUGAAGGAACUAAUAAGAGACUUGAUAGAUGGGGAAGACGACGAUAAUGACGAAACGGAUCGAACAGUCGACGUACGGCCAGAGGAUGACGGUGUCGUUAUAAACAUCGCUGCCAAUCAUUUAGAUACGGAUGACGAGGUUGAACGACACAGUACGACGUCGAUCGAAGAACAAGCGAAUCUCUGUCAUACUAUGUCAAAGAACAGAUCUGUUGCAGAGAGCAGCGGGGACGAACUGACAAGUAAUAACAUAACAGGCUCAUUCCCGAAAGGUAUAUUGAGAUCUCAAGGCAACCGUAAUCUUUCGCGUUCAGUAUCCGAAUCCAGCGCCGACGAAAACGGAACUGCUGCAUCGUCCGUCGAGUGCCACUACGACUCGAUACAGGAUCUGAAUUUCGAAUCAGACUGCGCCAGCUUGAAAAAGACCGUACGAUUUAACGACGUAGUAUCGCGACAAUUAUUCAGAUCUAAUUCUAGUAUCCUCGGUCAACGUAAAAAGAAUCAACGUAAAUUGCGCAACAAGAGGCGCGCUCACGAGCGCAAAAUGAGCGAGAGCGAGAACUCCGAAACGGAGGAGCGCGACAAGUACAAAGUAAAUCAAAAGAACGCCGAGACGUCCGAGGCGAGUAUCAAAGAAGAAACGAAUGAAAUUUACUCGAGCGAGGCUCACAAGAACGAGGUUAAGGCGCAAUUUAAGAACGAUCUGAUAUUCGACCUCGACAUGUAGAUUACGGCCAACCCAAGGCAUUCUUGUGAUGCGUGUGUGAUAAUUUUCGAAUGCUUUUCAAAAAGCGAAUUCAACCGACGGUUCCCGAAACCGUCCCUCGUGGAAUUUCUGGAUGGAAGAAAAAUUGUGGAAUGCUACUUAUUGUUGCAGUUGUAUGAUAAUUUCUUGAUGAAAUUGUACACCCGUACUAGAGCGCGUAGCGCAGAGAAAAGUAACUGUAGGUGUAAUAGAACUUGUUUUUUUUAUUUUAUUUUAUUUUAUUUUUUUUUGUUCGAUAGUUAAAAAACGUCGAUCGUAUUCUAUUAUAUAAUGCAGCUGGGCUCUUUACAACGCGAAUGAAACACGUUUCGCGAGAUCUGCAAUUGUAGCAAUUUCUUGAAGUAUUACAAUCAAUUCACAAAAAAAGAAAAAUACAAAAAAAAAAAAAAAAAA